UUUUCUCGCCACAGGGCGACAUUCCAGAACCCGGACUUGGACAGUUUGUUUGUGCUGUGUGUGCUGCUGCUGCUCCGAUAGCGAGAGCUGAGAGAGGGUGUGUGGGGUAUGUGUGUGUGUGUAUAUGAACUGUGUUGUAUGUAUAUGUGCAAUAGGUUUUAAAGUGGAGUAUAGAUAACCAUAACCGACUACAGCAUGUUACGUCUGACAACGUCCAUCAUGACACAGUGAAUGCAAGAACUUCUUGAUCAUCACCUCUCUCUCUCUCUUUCGUUUGCGUUUGUUUCGGGCUUCAAUAGCUUGAUACUUUGCCAUCACAGCCGAUGCUAGCCGACUCACUGUGUGUGUUUGAGUGCGUGUGUCACUUUGGCUCAGGUUCCCCAGUACAGUGUUGUUGCCAAGUGGAAGACUUACCUGGAGACUCUGUCUGAACCAAAGAGUCAGGGGAUUGGUGUGCAGAGAGAGACGUAGGGUCAGUUUGAAGACCCAAAGCAUCUUAAAGCGGGCAAACUGGAACUCAUGGAGCUGGAAAACAUUGUCGCCAACACCGUUUACCUCAAGGCUAGGGAAGGUGGUGGUGACAGCAACAAAGGCAAAAGCAAAAAAUGGAAAAGGAUUCUCCAAUUUCCACACAUUUCGGUCUGCAUGGACCUGAAGGAGAAGCUAGAUGUACGUUAUUGCUUCAUCAUCGACCAACAGCCAAUCGGACGGUUACUGUUCCGGCGUUUCUGCGAAGUCAGCCAAAAGUAUCAACGUUACAAUAAUUUUCUAGACGUUAUGGACAAAUACGAGUUAGAGGAUAUCAGACGAGAGGAUAGCGCCCAAGAGAUCUACAGGCGAUUCUUAGCUCCAGGAGCCGAAGAGUCUGUCGAGAUUAUUAACGACGACAUCAUCAGCCAAUGCAAGGAGAGGUUGCAUGAAGGCAGCAAGGACGUGUUUGCUGCAUGCACGGCCGUUGUCCGAGGUUAUCUCGCCGGCGAACCAUUCAAGGAGUUUGAAAAUUCAAUGUACUUUCACCGUUACCUACAGUGGAAAUGGCUGGAGAGCCAACCGGUGACGUAUAAGACGUUCCGAAUGUAUCGCGUCUUGGGCAAAGGAGGAUUUGGCGAGGUGUGCGCCUGUCAGGUGCGGGCCACCGGCAAGAUGUACGCCUGCAAGAAACUGGAGAAGAAGAGGAUAAAGAAGCGCAAAGGAGAGGCCAUGGUUCUCAUAGAGAAACAGAUCCUGCAGCGGAUCAACUCGCGCUUUGUCGUAAGUUUGGCAUACGCCUACGAAACCAAGGAUGCUCUUUGUUUGGUGCUGACCAUUAUGAACGGUGGCGACCUCAAAUUCCACAUUUACAACAUGGGUGGUGAGCCGGGCUUCGAAAUAGAGCGGGCACGAUUUUACUCAGCCGAGAUAUUAUGCGGUCUGGAGCAUCUGCACACACAAGGGAUCGUCUAUCGAGACUGUAAGCCAGAAAACAUUCUACUAGACGAUCAUGGUCACGUCCGAAUAUCCGAUUUGGGUCUGGCCGUCGAUAUACCCGAGGGUGAUAUGGUCCGUGGGAGAGUAGGCACCGUCGGCUACAUGGCCCCUGAAGUGAUUGACAAUGAAAAGUACACGUUCAGUCCGGAUUUCUUCAGUUUCGGCUGUCUGAUCUACGAAAUGAUUGAAGGCCAAGCGCCGUUUCGAGCACGUAAAGAGAAAGUCAAGCGAGAAGAGGUGGAUCGACGAGUUCGCGAGUCGCAGGAAUCCUACUCAUCCAAGUUCACUGAAGAAGCCAAGUCGAUUUGCCAGCAGCUUCUGAAGAAACAGCCAAAAGACAGGCUGGGAUGCGCUCACGGACGCUACGGCGCCACCCAAGUCAAAUCGCACGAAUAUUUCCGGAGUACCAACUGGCGCCGGCUGGAUGCCGGCAUCUGUGAACCUCCCUUCAUUCCCGAUCCGCAUGCCGUCUACGCCAAGGAUGUUUUAGACAUUGAGCAAUUCUCAACCGUCAAAGGCGUCAGUCUCGACUCGACCGAUGAUUCAUUCUACACCAAAUUCAACACGGGCUCUGUUUCCAUCCCGUGGCAGACUGAAAUGAUCGAGACGGAGUGUUACAAAGAACUCAAUGUUUUCGGCCCGGAUGAAACUCGCACUCCCGAUUUGAUCCUUGAACAGCCACCAGCUCCGGAAAACCGCAGCUGCUUCCCGUUCCGUCGAAGGAGGAAGCAACCCGGCUAUCGUACGAAAUAGGAUAUUAUUUGCAGGGUUUUUUUUCCUUUCUUAUUCUCCGGUCGUUUUCAUUGGAUUGAUGACGGCAGAUCAUCUGGAUGCAACCCUCUGAUGGAUCGCUUCAAUCGCCACAAUGAAGAGAGAGAGGUCACGUACUGCAACCGACUUCUACCAACUCUGUAUGUAUGUAGCAUAAAGUUUCGUUGCCCUUCUUCCUAACUCACCACCAAUCUAACCCAUUAUGUCUAACAUACUCUCUUGUCGCCGUCCCUGAUAUAUUAGGACGCUCUCAAUUUGGUUUUACUAAAAUCAGAGAGACAUUUUUCUCCCCAAUUCUUUUAAUCGACUGGAUUUCUUUUGAUUGUCCUGAUAGGUCGUUCAGAUAAAGAAAAAGUGAGAGCUUUUCUGGCAUUUAUCUUAAAUUUUUAAAUGACGUCAUCCGAGUGACGUCAUUUAAAAAGAAAGAUCGUAUAGGAAAUUUCAGUUAGGAACAAAAUUUUGACAAUUUUUUCACACACCUCAUUGUGUUUUGCUCAGUAAGGUCUCUGACCUUUUAUUUCAUUUCGUUUCUCCCAUUUUUCUUCUGACUGGCCAACAAUUGCGCAAAAAAAACUUCCCCUCCUGUUUCUCUCUCCCUCCCCCACUUCCCUCAUUCUGAAGUACAAACUGUCGGUGCAUCGUGAAAUGUCCGUUUUGUGUGUACACUUAACUAUUGUAUGCGUAUCGAAGGCGGUCGUGGGCCAGCACACGUCAGGGUUCUUUUGUUUCCCCUCUCUUCUUUCCCUUUUAUUUUUGUCGUCAUUGCCAUCCCGUAUUUGUUUUCUCGUCUCGUUCUAAAAUAUCGUAGUUUCGUAGGUUCCCCGAUCAGACGGUUUAGCUUUGACAGAUUCCUUUUCGCUUACGAGACAAGAAUAAUAAUGAAACUCCCUUU